CUUUAUUUUGAAGAUGAACUCCUUUUAAAACGAAGGCAUUGUUGGAGAUGCCCUAAUAUGUUAUCGAUCCCAAGAGGGCCUACUCAACGUCAAUCAACUAGCCAACUACUGCAUGUUAGCGAAACGAUAGCUAUUUUAUCUUUUCCUAAAGUACUCGUCAUUAGAAACGAAAAGAGAAUGAGUUUGACCUUACGGUUUCUGCUUCUUGUUCUACUUUUCUUGAGUCAUUAUGUUGAUUCUGGCUCUAUCGUCAAGUUUCUUCCUGGUUUUGAAGGCCCUCUGCCAUUUGAACUCGAAACCGGGUACAUUGGCAUUGAUAAGGAAGAAAAUGUGCAAUUUUUCUACUAUUUCAUCAAAUCUGAGAAGAACCCAAAAGAAGAUCCUCUUAUUAUAUGGUUAAAUGGAGGACCUGGAUGCUCUUGUCUUAGUGGCCUUUUCUUUGAGAACGGACCGUUGGCUUUGAAGUCCGAGGUUUACAAUGGAAGUGUUCCUUCAUUGGUCUCUACGACAUAUUCAUGGACAAAGACGACAAACAUAAUAUUCUUGGAUCAGCCUGUCGGAUCUGGCUUCUCCUACUCAAGAACUCCAAUUGAAAAAACUAGUGACACAAAUGAAGUUAAGAGGAUCCACGAGUUUCUUCAAAAGUGGCUAAGAAAGCAUCCACAGUUUUCCUCCAACCCUUUAUACGUUGUUGGAGAUUCUUAUUCAGGUAUGAUUGUUCCGCCCCUCGUUCAAGCAAUCUCAAAAGGGAAUUAUAUAUGUUGCAACCCUCCUAUAAAUCUACAGGGUUAUGUGCUAGGAAACCCGAUAACGCAUAUCGAAAUUGAACAAAACUAUCGUAUUCCAUUUGCUCAUGGGAUGUCACUAAUCUCUGAUGAACUCUACACGUCACUGAAGAAAUUUUGCAAAGGAAAUUAUUUCAAUGUGGAUCCGCGUAACACAAAAUGUUUAAAACUUGUAGAAGAAUACCGUAAGUGUACUGACAAAAUAAAUAGCCAUCAUACGUUAAUACCAGAUUGCGAUGACACAAAUACACAACAUAUAUCUCCUGAUUGCUACUACUAUCCGUAUCAUCUCGUUGAAUGUUGGGCCAACAAUGAGAGCGUUCGAAAAGCUCUUCAUGUUAAGAAGGGGAGUAUAGGAGAAUGGAUAAGGGAUAAUGGUAGGAAUAUCCCAUACAGUCUCGACAUUAAAAAUAGCAUACCAUACCACAUGGAUAACAGCAUUAAUGGCUACCGAUCUCUUAUUUUCAGUGGCGAUCAUGACAUAACCAUGCCUUUCCAAGCAACUCAGGCAUGGAUAAAAUCUCUAAAUUACUCCAUCGUUGAUGAUUGGAGACCUUGGAUGAUAAACCAUCAAAUCGCUGGAUACACCAGAACUUAUUCCAAUAAGAUGACAUUUGCUACUGUUAAAGCAAGUCUUCUUGUGGACACACGGCAGAGUAUCUACCAAAGGAGACCUCUAUCAUGUUCCAAAGGUGGAUCACUGGCCAGCCUUUGUAAUUUGAGGCUCAUUGCCUUAACGUAUGAAGAAUAAAAUAUAUGUACCAUGAAAUAUUUGUAGUGGAGACUGAUCAUGGCCGUUGUCUCUUUGUAUUACUGGUUGUCACGGCUUGAUACUACAACUUUGAAGAGAAGUUUCUGUUAAGGAUUCUCCAUUUUGUGAUCGAUCAUACUUUGGGUUAAACUCUAGUCCUAUUAUCGUUUCAUGGGUUUCCAACAGAAAUCAAAUAAAAAUUAGUGGAUUGGCCUAUAUUGUUGUAAUUGGUGCAAAAACUAGAGACACAGGUUGGUAUGUUUAGACUGUUUUUUUUGUCCAAGAAAAAAAAAAGACUGUUUUUUAAUAACAAAAAUGUAUUG